AUGAACUGGGCGAAGUCUUCCAAUCAGGAUGCUGUGAUACUUCUCCUAGAUUUCGAGAAAGCGUAUGAUAGAAUAGAAUGGAGCUUUAUUGACAUUAUGCUUAUGGCUUUUGGUUUCCCUGUCCUAUUCUGCAAUUUUAUCAAGAUUCUACUAAAAGAUGCUAUGGCUCAAAUUGAUAUAAAUGGGUCUCUCUCUGAUCCCUUCUCCCUAACCAGAUCUAUAAGACAGGGUUGUCCACUUGCCCCUGCUCUCUUUGUGAUUGCCUCUGAAGCUUUAUCUUUCAUCAUCACUGACAAUACUCUCUCCCCGGCUGUCAAAGGUAUCACAUUGCCCAUAAAUGAAGAGCUGAACAUAUGUCAAUUCGCUGAUGAUACCAUUUUAUUUGUUAAAUUGGAAGAUUUAAACUUUUGUCACCUUAAAAAAAAACUUGAUCUCUUCUGCUCAAUCUCCGGAGCUAAACUGUCUCAGGCCAAGUGUAUUUGUCUUGGCUGGGUCGAACAUCCUCCGGAUUGGUUUAUGCAAUAUGGUUUUCUGUGGGGAGGCCCCAACAAUAUAGUCCAUUACCUGGGUAUCCCCUUUGCUGUUGAACCUUCGCUUAAGGACAUGUGGCUCUGGAUCAAGUCAAAAAUCACAAAAAAACUCAAUAGCUGGUACAACAAAACUCUGUUGCUCGCUGGUAGACUCCAAGUUUGUCAAAAAAUUUUAUCAUCUUAUAACAUUUACUAUGCCUCGGCAUGGAUGUUUAACAAUUACCAAAUUGUGGAAAUUCAGAAGGCCAUUAGGAACUUCCUAUGGUCUGAUGGUAAAGGCAACAAAAAACUUCACGCGGUAAAAUGGGAUUGGUGCAGAACUGAUAAAAUUUUUGGGGGAUUAGGUCUGAAGGACCUCAAACUCCAAGGCAUCGCUCUGGCCUCCAAAUGGGUCUCUCACUGUGUUGAUGGUGAAGAACCAUGGAAGGUGCUUAUUCGAAACAAUAUUUUAAGAGGCUACCCCAAGAAGGCUAAAUCUUGGAAAAAUCUCCCAUUUGCUGAUAUUUUAUUCGGUAAAUUUACCUCUAUUGUACAUGGAUCUGCGGUUUUUAAAACCAUAUGGAAAGCUUGGGAGGAUUCGAGACAUUAUAUUACGGAUAACCUCUUCUACACAGGUAACCUUCUUCAUGGUGAGAGGUCCAUCUGGUGGAAUCUGUUUCUCCAGGGGAAGCCGCUUGCCCUGACUCAAGGAUGCUCGGCUAAAAUUUGGAAUAGAUUAGGUAUUUCCACCUUCAUCAAUUUAUUUGAGAAUGACUGUCUGAUUAAGUGGGAUGAAUUAAGAAUCAAGUACAAUCUUCCUGCUGCUCAUAAAAAAACAUAUAACAUGAUUACUAGAGCUUGCACCAAUAUACCUUCAAUAUGUCUCAUAGACUCGCAUAGAUUUAUAAACAGUAAAUGGCCGGAUGGAACUGUGCUGUGUAAAACAAAAGCUAAAAAUGUGUACAAUACCAUGAAUAACAAUCAGGAGAUUAUUAAGCAUGUCAAUACUUGCUGGUAUGCCUCACUGGAUACGAAGCAAUGGAAUAAAAUUUUUAAUCGAAACUGGAAAUCCUACAUCGAUCCCAAGAUCAAAUGUUUUAAAUGGCUUAUUUUGAUCAAUAGGCUUCCUAUCAGCAGUUACUUGGUCCCUAAUGAUCUCUAUAAGCUUUGUAACAGACAGGAAUCUUACAGGCAUAUUUUCUUUGAAUGUAAAUUUGCUCAGAAGGUGUGGGCUCUGUGUGGAGUAACUUAUCCCAAGUACAUUGAUAUUUUAGAAAUACUAACUGGAUAUAUUCAUGGUCUGUAUCACUAUGAUGAUCGAGAAGGAGAAAUUGAGCAGAUUCCUCAAGAUGGGUCACUCUGCUAUGUUCAUUUUUGA